CCCUGCAAGUGUUUUUGUUUUCUUUGUUUUCAGCGUGCUCCGCGAUGUUUUAUUCGUUUAUUCCCUUUCUGAUCUUCUAAACAAAAUAGUGAAUAUUCGCUUAAAUAAAGUUACAAAUUCCUUUUGCAAUUUUUGAUAUCGUUAAUGCAUUGCUCUUAUUGUAAUCGGGCUCUUGCUGAGGACGAAGAUUGUCUUGAGUGCGUAGAAUGUGAUUCUGUGGUACACGCAAAGUGCCUACGCACGUGUCGGCCUGGUGAUUUAUUAGGUGAUGUUUUCUUUGAUUUCACCUGUGCGGCGUGUAUGAAUUUGCAAAAUGAUGCGCCUUCUACCUCAAUGUCGGCUAAAACCGCUGCUCCACGCGAAAAUUUCGUGCGUCAGCGUUUGUCCUGGUUCAUGAUUGUGGUUUUGACCCUAUACAAUUUAUCGGUGAAAUCAAAGGGCCUAAGUCAUCAUGGCUUCUUCCAUUGGCGUUCGCAUAUUGUGAGUUUUAUCAAUAAGAAUUGGGACUUUUUAAUGGAACCAGGAACACGACGGCGCAAAAAUUGGUUUGGUUCCAUAUCCGGUAACUUAUCACAUUAUAGUCCCGAGUUCUUUUUAUCCGGCCAAGAAACAAUCCAAAAAUCAGGUUGGUGGCGUCUAGCUCAGUCUAAUUUAACUCCAAAAGCUAUUCACAAAAAAUAUGAAGAAUUUAGUCAGAAGCGCUCACAAAUGCGCAAUGACAAGAAAAUCCAUGAGGAUAUUGAUAGCGCUGAUGAACAACAGGAUAGCAAGCGCAAACGUCGUAAUGAUUCCGAUGAUGACUUGAUACCAAUAGCUGAUGGUUGCAGCCGUACUAUACCAUAUAUGGGUCGCACCCCUAAAGUAGCCAAGCAGCUUAAUAUAGUUGAUGAUGACAUUAAAAACUUACAACAACAACAACCACUUAACACUGUUCAGUCAAGUUUAAUGGACUUUUUGGCAGAAAAUUUAGCUAACGACGAUUUAUUCAAUUCCUUGCCGAAUAUUUCCACAGACACUCUCGGUGGUGGAGAUGAAAAAACUGAUUUUCUGCCGCUACUUGAAACUCACAAUGAUAAUAUAAAUAAUUUCAGUCCAUCAAAAGCGAAAAGCAAGAUUGAUUCUGAUGUCACUAAUGCAAAGCCUAUAGCUGAUAAAUUCAAAGGCUUCUCCAAUUCAGACGAUCGACAUGAACAAAAAUUGUCCUCAUUAGAAACUUCUGAACAAUUGUCUCAAGAAGAUUCUAUUCAAACUCCAUCUGAGUACAGUAAUGAUCCAGAUGACGACGAUGAAUAUCAACCGCGCAUAGUACAAGUAACCAAUUUUCAACAGCUCAACCAGUCUCCAAGAAAAGAGCUUAGCAGCUCAGUAGGCGAACAAGCGUUGUUAUCUCAAUUGGAUCACACAAUCAAAAAAGAGAUAAAAUCUGAGGCAGAACAAUCGGAAAGCGAAGAUGCCACAUGCAGAGCUAAGGGAACAGUUCAAAAUCCUGAGUCGGACAAUGAGGCUGAGGGUAAUAAGACCAUUAUGAGUGUUUGCAAACCUAGUCUUUUCACAAAAACACCUCGACGGAACUGGCCAUGGUUAAUAGAAGAAGACGAGGUAUCUGAAGAUCAUAUAGACAACCAAACCGUUGAAAAGAAGCCUUUUCAGGAAGCUGAAAGUUUAAUAAUGAUGAGUGAAUACGAAGAAACCGAACUUUUAUUGAAGUUACGAAAAAUAUUCGAUAUGGAAGAAAAAUGCAAAAUUGAUAUUCCCGCCUAUGUACGGAGGUUCUACAGAAAACUUUGUGUUCGUGAAUGGAAACGUGAACAUGGCAAGCCACUUUUCAACCUAGACGAUCAAAUAAAUGGCAAGAACACCGAUUCACUAGCGAACGAAGCCAAAGCACAAAUCAUUGAUAGAUAUCAGCUUAUAUCGCUUUCUUCGGACAACAUACGCAAAUCGUUCUACGCAAGAAUCGCGGGAUCUUUUGACUAUGAAAUGUUUGAAUCGCCAUAUUCCCACCGAAUUUUACAUCCGUUCAUCUACAGAGAUAAGGAAAUAGCUCCACCUUGGUUAAAACUAAUGUGCGAGCUCCAAUUUACUGUUAAUAAACAGUAUCCGUUUCGCUCAACAAUUGAUUUUUGUUAUGUGCGUCCUAAUCACAUCGCUGCAGUCAACGCUUUACUGCAAACAACCUUUUGGCCUGGGAUCGACAUGUCUGAAUGCCUUAGCUAUCCGGAUUACAGUGUGGUAGCGCUCUACAAAAAGUUGGUGGUCGGUUGUGGUUUUCUUGUACCUGAUGUCGGUUUCAAUGAGGCAUACAUUUCCUUUAUGGCCGUCCGACCCAAUUGGCAACGUUGCGGCAUAGGUACAUUUAUGCUUUAUCAUCUUAUACAGACUUGUAUGUCAAAGGACAUAACGUUGCAUGUAUCCGCCUCUAAUCCCGCCGUUGUACUAUACCAAAAAUUCGGCUUUAAAAUAGAGGAAGUAAUACUCGAUUUUUAUGAGAAAUAUUUACCCAUCAAUUCUAAGCAGAGUCGAACUGCUUUCUUUCUAAGACUUUUGAGGUCAUAGCAUUGCAUAAUG